AUGGAUUUGAGAAAUCAAGAAGAGCAGAUAAAACCCGAGGAUGACAUCAUACGACUAAGUAAGAGACAAAGAACUCAAAUUCUAGACUCUGAUGACUCGUUAGAGGAUAUUCAUGAAACUAAUUCUCCUCAAACUUCAAACCAAGGUAACCAGCGUGUUCUUCAAGUAACUCCCCGAUUCCUUUAUGGGAAAAACAAACAUAAAUGGUCGUCUGUACCUAGAUCAGCUACUACUCGUACUCUGAGACGGAACAUCGUGCAUUUUAUACCAGGUCCAAGAGGCAAAGCUAGGGAAUUACAGGAACCAAUAGAUUUAUUUCGGCUUUUCAUGACUAAUGAUAUGCUGCAACAAGUUGUCACAUUUCCCAAUGCAGAGAUUAUUACUCAAAGGAACAGAUAUAAACAGGAGUCUUAUACCGUUUCACAGACUAAUUUGUUAGAAAUUAAAGCUCUGCUUGGUUUGUUACUGAUCGCCGCAGCUAUGAAGAGCAACCAUUUGCCAAAUUGCAUCCUAUUUAAUCCUCAACGAUCAGGCACAAUUUUUAAAGCUUGUAUGAGUGCAGAAAUAUUUAAUUUUCUCAUUAAAUGUAUGCGAUUUGACGAAAAACAAACAAGAAAUGACAGAAGAAAAGAGGACAAGUUCACACACAUACGUGAACUGUGGCAAAAUAUGAUUGACAAUUUUCAAAAAUGGUAUACGCCAGGAUCAUAUAUUACUGUAGAUGAACAACUGGUUAGCUUUCGUGGAAGAUGCCCAUUUAGAAUAUAUAUCCCUAAUAAACCAAAUAAAUAUGGGAUAAAGCUUGUUAUGGCCGCAGAUGUUAACAGUAAAUACGUCAUAAAUGCAAUUCCGUACCUGGGAAAAGGAACCGAUACCCAAAAACAGCCAUUGGCUACAUUCUUCAUAAAAAACAUAACAAUUCCUUUACAUGGCACCAAUCGUAACAUAACGAUGGACAAUUGGUUCACGUCUGUAACUUUGGCCGAUGAGCUAUUACAGCCACCUUAUAAUUUGACUUUAGUAGGUACUUUGAGGAGUAACAAACGGGAAAUUCCUGAAAAACUUAAGAAUUCUAGGAUUCGCGCAAUUGGUACUUCGAUGUUUUGUUACGAUGGCGACAAGACAUUAGUUUCAUAUAAAGCCAAGUCAAACAAAGUAGUUUUUGUGUUAUCCACAAUUCAUGAUCAACCAAAUAUUGAAGACGCGACAGGAAAACCGGAAAUAAUUCACUUUUAUAACACUACUAAGGGUGCCGUAGACACGGUUGAUCAAAUGUGCUCGAAUAUGUGUGUCAACCGAAAAACUAACAGAUGGCCAUUAUGCAUUUUUUAUAAUAUGUUAAAUCUAGUUAGUAUCAAUGCCUAUGCUGUUUACGUCUCGAACGACUUGAGAAAUAAGAAGAAGCCGACACUACGACGCAAUUUUGUCAUGAAGAUGGGAAACCAACUUAUGGACCCUUGGCUAAGGGAGCGAUUACAAACGGUGACUUUGAGGCGUGACAUCAAGGUUAUGAUAAAAGAUAUUCUUGAUUAA